UCGCGUCGCGCUGAUCGCUGGAGAUUGACCGAGAUCUCGCUUGUUUGCUUAACGCAGUUCCCUUAGUAGUUUGUGUAAGGGGCGUUUGUUUCACUUACCAAACUUAAUCCAGUACACAAGCAUGAAAGCACAAGGUCAAAAGAGUCUGAAGAGUGACUCUGUCGAAUAAUAACACUGUCGAGCAGUCAUGGGAUCAGACGAGCAGAAGGAUAAACUCCAUGAGCUCUUCCUCGCCUGUGAUGUGGAUCGAUCCGGACGCAUCGAGAAGUGGGAGUUUGUCAAAAUAUGUUCCGAGCUGCAUGUCCGAUCCACCGAGGUAGAUGCGAUUUUCUCCAAACUUGACAGCGAUAAAGACGGCACAAUCAAUCUGGAGGAGUUUAUGAAGGGGUUUCAGGAAUCACACUUGUUGAACCCGGACACGAUGAGUGAAAACACCGCUGAGAGUUGCUCUGUGGCCUGGGAGGACUUUAAAUCCCGCCAGGAAGAUCAGGUGAAGUUCAUUCCCAGGAUUGAACAGGUAUCAACUCUCUACCAGAACAUCAGUCUGACGGAGCCCAGAAUGAUCUCUCAGUUUGAAAGAGUUCUGAGCAAUUUCAUCAAAGAGAUUCGAAUAUUGAACACAGAAAUGGAGCAUCUAGCACUCGCUGUGAAGAGAGCUCAGGAUCAGGCCGCUAUACAGUUGAGUGAGAUGGAGGAAGAGAUGGACCAUCGCAUCCACACCACAGAAAGAAACACACGUCUACAGGAGUCUAAAAAAGCAGAGGCAGCGUUGUGCAGCAUGAAACACCAGUAUGAGUCUCAGAUAUGUGAACUUCAGCAGAAGAUACAGACCCUACAGAUGAUUGAGAACCAGAAUAAAAGCACCAGCCUCAAAGAAGAGACCUCAACAUUAAAACGAAAAAAUAAUGAGAUACUGCUGCAAAACCAGAAGUUGAAACAAGAGCUAUUGGUGUGCCACACUAAUGUUGCGUUUCUCCAGAGUGAAUUGGAUUCUCUCAAGAGCGAUCUCACCGACCAGAGCAUCAACUGUGAAAGAGAUGAAGCCCUUAUGAAGUGUUUCUCUGAGGAGCGAGAGAACCUUGAGAGACAAAUCGAGAUCCUUCAAGGGGCAAACAGGAAGUUGCAUGAUAGCAAUGAUGGUCUGCGUGGAGCUUUGGAGAACAGUCAAAGCAGAAGUAAGACUCAGCGUGUCAGUGGGCUCUCACCUGGAGUUUAUAUGAAUCGAAGAAAGACAUCGUUUGUCCCUUAUUUUGAUGGAUGCUAUAACACGUGUGCAGAUGAGGACUACAAUCAGUUUCGUCUGAUAGCCGGUCUGCGCAGGCAUAGCUGUGAAUCUCUGGCCCUGGCCUUGUGUGACCCCAUGCGCAGACAUAGCUGUGAGGAGGACAGCCUUCCUGACAGCUGCGUGGAUAGUGGCAUGUCCACCCUGCGCUCAAAUAAUGGAUACGAAUUUGAGCAUGAAGGGGCUUCCUGUGCAAGUCAUGAGCUAGCUGCGGACAACAGCACCACUGUGUCUGGAGACACUUCGGACACAGAGGUUCUCGAGGUGCGAGACGAAGCUGCAUCUGGGUCCGAUGGUGAAUCGGCUCAAAGCUGGGCUCCAUCGAAAUCCACUUCGAAAAAAGAUGUUACUGCUUCAGGGAAGAAAUGCCUGUCAGCUAUCUUUACUGAGAGAGAGAAAGAUGAGUUGGCAGUGACCCAGACUCCACCUGAAAAGGCCUACAGGAUUGUGCUGGCUGGUGACGCUGCAGUGGGCAAGUCUAGUUUCCUACUUCGCCUCUGUAAGAACGAGUUCAAAGGCAACACUAGCGCAACUCUAGGUGUUGAUUUCCAGAUGAAAACCUUGGUGGUGGAUGGUGUCCCAACAGUGCUGCAGCUGUGGGACACAGCCGGUCAGGAGAGAUUUAGAAGCAUUGCGAAGUCAUACUUCAGGAGAGCAGAUGGAGUUCUUCUGCUGUACGACGUCACCUGUGAGAAGAGCUUUCUGAAUGUGCGCGAGUGGGUUGACGUUAUUGAGGAUGUGUCCCAGGAUGACAUUCCUAUCAUGCUCGUAGGCAAUAAGACAGACAUGAGGACACAAGCGCUUCAAGAGGGAGUGACUUGUAUUCCAACAAGCUAUGGAGAGAAACUAGCCAUGACAUACAGCGCUUUAUUUUGUGAAACAAGUGCAAAAGAUGGUUCAAAUAUAAUUGAGGCUGUUCUUCAUUUAGCACGAGAAGUGACCAAGCAUGCAGAGGAGUGCAAGGAGCCCAUAUCAGUGGCCAAACUCUCUAGAAGUCCCAACAAAAAGAUGUCCAAUGAAAACUGUUGUAUGGGAUAAUGCCUGUGCAUGUGGCUCCCAAAAAACGUCUCAUAGAAUUGGCUGUGGGUGACGUAUUUGAGCCUGACAUCUAUGUGAAGGUACAAUAUGAGGAUUCAACAAAGAGUUCCUGAUAAUAAAUCUUAUAUUUAAUGGUAAGUCAUUAAAGAUGAGAAAUAGUGGUACAACAGUAUUGUUCUUAUGGGCACUCCUUGAAAUGAUGGGACACUUGUUCAAGCAUGCACAGAUUUUUGUGUUGUUCAUUGUUUUUAGUAGCUCUGAAUUUCACAGCAAAUUACAGAAAACAGACUCUUUAGUUUACAUUCAUUUAGUCAAAAUGCUGCACCUUACCUUUACUCUUAUUUAUUACUUCAUGUUCUUUUGUCAAAGUGAAAAAGUAUUUCAGUUAUGUUUAUCAGUGAUAUUUGAAAUUGAAUAUUUGAUGGGAAAUGAGAAGUUACAUUCUUGUUGUCUAUUGAAAUCAGCCAACUUUUUGAGAAUGUUUGCUGAAGAGAUACAUGGAUGGAUGAAACGGAAUUAGUUUGAUGACUGAGGUUGGUACUGGAUUUGAGACACCCAUGUUUUUCAGAUCUUACCCUUUUCUUUACUCAAUGCUAAAAACAGAAAAAAAAUGUUUCAAUUAAAAAAAGAGUGCUUUUGUGGACGCCUAUAAUUAUAAGCAAUAGUUUUAUGCAUUUUUCCAAAGUUGUAAUUGCAUCAUGUUAUAUUUGGGAUAUCACAGUCGGUUGGUCUCCACUGCACUGUAGUCUGUAAUAAACAGUGGACAAAAUGUUUGCCAGAAAAGCCUUCAUGCUGAUAUUUACUCUGUUAUGUGAAACUCAUCAGAGUAAAAGUGCAUGAAUUAUUUUUCAGCUUGAAGACAUUUAUUGCAUACUGUAGAUAGCCUUUAAGAAUGUAUGUUGGUCGAAG